GCUUGUCCACCAGAAAAAACAACCUUGUGAUUUUCAACUUAUGAGCACGGAAGUCUGGCAAAUGCUACGAGUUAGCCUCUGCGUUAUUCAAAUUUAAUUCCUGCUGUCUUUCAGUAGUGUAGUGUUUAAGUGUAGUGUUGUGUCUUUUGGUUCAAAAAGUGCGCCGUUUUAGUGACGUUAGUGUGACAUUUGCCACAUUGGCAGUCAUAAAAUUUAGGUUAGGCUCCUGUCAAAACCAUAUGUUUUUCCAGUAUUAUCAAGUAAAUUAACAAAAAAUGAGCCAAAUUUUACUAAAACUUUUCCUAUUCACGGGUAUACUCACAACCGGAUAUUGCAAUUACCUGAAACAAGCCCGCGACCAACACAGGCUGCAAUUAUCGUCAAAAAGCGACUUGCGCUACUUAUCCUCCCUCUCCGACCCAAAUUACAUCAACAAAGUGCUCGAUAAAAUCCUAAUUCCAAGAGUAGCGGGAACCCCCGAGCACGAAAAAGUCUUCAAGUUCCUGACCUCGGAACUGCGCCGAUUGGGGUGGCAAGUGGACGUCGACGAGUUCGUCGAACGCGCCCCCAUUUUCAGCCAAGUCACGUUCAAAAAUAUCGUGGCAAGCCCCAACCCCCAGGCUGAACGUUUCCUGGUUUUGGCCUGUCAUUAUGACUCUAAAUAUUUUCCAAACGCCGUUUUUGUGGGCGCUAUUGAUUCUGCAGUGCCCUGUGCUAUGAUGCUCGAAAUCGCCAAAACCCUAUCGAAAGAGUUGGGGCGUAUUAAAGAUUCGCCAGUUGGCUUGAAAUUUAUUUUUUUCGACGGUGAGGAGGCGUUUGAAGAGUGGGGCCCCAAUGACUCGAUUUGGGGGGCGAAGCAUCUGGCACAGGUGCUCCACGCGAACACGAGCACGGCAAAUGGGGAAAUCGUGACCGAAUUGGAUAAAAUGGACGUUUUAGUUUUGCUAGACUUGAUUGGGAUGAAAAAUCCCAAGUUUUUGAAUUUUUUUGAAAACACCCAGCGAUGGUUUGUGAGGUUGUCGCAAAUUGAGAUUGAGUUGCACAGGAUGAACCUUUUGAGGAACCACAAACAGGGCUAUUUUCAGUCAAGUAGGCCGUAUGGGAGGAUUGAGGACGACCAUCUCCCGUUUUUGAGGAGGGAUGUGCCAGUGCUACAUUUGAUUAGCACUCCAUUCCCUCCCGAAUGGCACACUCCGCGUGAUAAUCGCAAUAUCGUUGACAUGAACACUGUCAAUAAUCUCAACUUGAUAUUGAAAAUUUUUAUUAGCGAAUAUUUACAGCUUUCCUUGGCGGAGUCGGCGGAAGAACUACCGGAAAAGGAGUUGUGAUACAUCAAAGACUCAAUUUAUUAUGCAUUGUUGCGAAAAAUUUUUUGUGGAGUCUACUUAACUAUUAGAUAACCAUUUUUCGUAUUUUACAGAUAUGUUAAACCUGACGACAAGACUCGCGAAAAUCCCAUCCCUUUGAUCACUGUCUUUGUAUUUGCACUAAUUUGUAUUAUUUACAAAAAUUUACAGCGAAAAUAACUUGGGUGCUUUAAAACCCACCCAGUACACAACAGUGUAUUACUGGUUGCAGAAUCAAAGUCAAUUGAUUUAUCAGGAAUAAAACCGAAUUUACACUCUUGAUAAAUGUAAAUAGUAUUAAAUAUUUUUUUACGGAAAUUAGGAAUUUUGCAAUAUUUAUUUUUUAUUUAAUUUAUUGUUGUAUCGUAUGUAAUAAAAAAAAUAUAAUUUGUUGAAGCAGAA